CCUUGUCACAUGCAUACAUGCCCCUGGUCUACUCGUCAAUCGUCCUGUCCAAUGGGUGGCGAAUGCGUAGUGGAACAACAGUCGAUAACCUCUUAACGGUUGAUCGCAUGCAUUGUACUCCUAACUGUCUAGUGAACUUCGGGCUCUACAUACUAAAAGGGCCAACGAUUCGGGAUUUGCAUCCACUUACCAUGCGGCCAUGGAGUAAAGAGCCUCAGGACGCACCGGAAAGCGUAGACCACGAAGCUAUAUUCUGACGGUAGUGUCUUGGCAGCAAGGCUGGCAUGCUGCAUGCGACAAAGCCACCAGUUGAUCCAUCGUGUUGGAUGAGACUAACCUCUUAUCGUCAUCUUAUACGUUCAUCGCCCCCAAUAAGAGACCAGCAACUCUCAGCUCACAUAAAUAGAAAAAAAAGGUAUGCAACGCUUGCGCAUUGCCGGUCACCCCGGCCUUGUCAACCCUAGCAUAGGUACCUAAUCGAGAGCUUUAAUCUCACGAAAGACGAGCAAUCAUAAAGUUGAUAAGGCUCGCCCCCAUUCAAAGGGCGAGUUAGUCUCUUUCAUCUCUCCCUUGUUUCCCAUCUUCUCGUUUCCAAGUUGUCCCCGAACACCUUUCACAGCUGGAACAUCACUAAGCUAGAGAAGACGCGCGCUUAUAAAAAAUGUCGAGACUGACACUUGCUCUCAGAGUCGCCAUAGCGUUGCUUAUGGUAGAUUCGGCCAUCGAAUUGGCGUUUGUCAGUAGCAUGGUCGCAUGGUUGCACCGGACAGCCAGCAAAGGAUUUUCCUUCAAUCAUGACGGCUCGACAUAUCGUCUAGCCGGCGAACCGAUACAUAUCAUGACCGAUCAAGGCCAUACGAGCAACGGCGCCGCGGGAACCGCCUUCGUCAUCGUCGGACUGGGCGGCAUACUGGCAUUCGCGCUCCGGCAUUUAUCUCUGAACAAACACGACGGGCGAGGAACCUUUGCACGAUCCGUAUAUUACCUCUGGGUAUCGCUCAACAUUCCGGCAUUCAUGCUGACCACCGGGGCGCUCGCAUACGUGUUUGCAGUGACGAAUGCGCACGAGGGGCAAAGCAUUGACGUCGCAUUGGCUACGAGCUUAGACGGUAGCAAGUACCCGUUGGCGUACUGGACACCGCAGAAUUGGUUUUCGGCUGUGCUGCAGCUAGACAUAGUCGACGCGCGAGGCGAUAUAGAGAGCCACCUACGGGUUAUGAGGGGGUGGCAGUAUAACUUGAUUGCGAUGUUCCUCAUCCAGCUUGGCGUUACUAUCCUUGCGGUGUGGGAAUUUCUUAGUUGGCGGAGACAGGCGACGUUUAAUCGUGAAGAGAAAUAAAGAAAGCUCGAGCCGCGUUGGAUAUUUUCAAGUUGCAUGGAUACCGGCCUAUUAAUGUUGGAGUUUACGUUAAUGAUGGGAGGAUCUGGUAGAGUGCUGUUGUCUUUUUCAGAUACACUCAUUCUGUUAUCGUGUUGGCUUUCAACAUGAACGCCGCCGGCGCACUGCACCACUAGUACACGGCUACCAAAGUGCCGUGCCUUAGGUUAGGUACCUACCUACCUCUUAAGAUACCCCUGACAGUUAUUAAAGAAAUAAAAGGUAGCCAAAUAUCGUGAUCAUCUCUUUCCUGGUACUAUAUCAUCAUCAUCCAACUCGCGACUGUCUCAUUUUUUUCCUCGGGAUGAAAUAUAAUUCGCGAUACAACACCACUGACGCGUACAAGGCUGAGAUAUGGCGAUACACGGUAAAAUUCACAUUGCUUAGUGCCGUGUAAUAAGUUAAAAAUAAUAAAUAAUAAUUAACUGUUUUAAAAGAAUAUAUAGGUGACUAGCGACUUUAACUAAUACGCUCUUACUUAGGUACAGUAGCUCACAAUUUAUGGAGCGUGGGGCUGGCGUAGGAACUGGCUUAGGGGGCUGGG